AUGCACCGUCUUAUUUCCCGGGCUCUUGCCUUCUUCCGACGGAAAGCUGAUUUGGAGGUAGAAAGGGCGCAGCAUCAGACACUCUUGGAAGAUGAUACCGGGCUUAAAACUGGGCAGGGAGUAGUGACAAAGUUCUGUAGUGAUUAUGACUUGGUUGAUGAGUCCAUCUACUUCAGUACUGAUGUGACUGGCAAUGUGCCUCUGAAAGUUGGACAAAAGGUUACUGCAGUUGUGGAAGAAGAUAAAACAUCUCAUGGAUUGAAAGCAAUCAAAGUGGAUGCUUUCUCUGAUAAUUGCCAUGGUGAUGGACCACCAGACUCCUGUAAAAGAGUUUCAUUUGGCUGUAUUACCUCUCUAAUGGGCGGUGCUGACUACAUCAGUCACACAAUUUACUUCUCACUAGAUGUUGUCUGUAAAGAUUUUGAGCCAUAUCAGGGUGACCGGGUAGAAGUUGAAUUUGCCGUCCAGCCAGACACAAAGAGCAGGAAGGCCCUCUCAGUGAAGCCUCUGAGACACAAGCAUGUGCACGAGGUCUGCAUCAGUAGUGUACAUGGAAGACACGGGGUGGUGGACGACACCAUCUUUUUCACCUUGGAUUCUCUGAAGCUUCCUGCCGGAUAUGUACCUCAACCCAAUGACAUCGUGGAUGUGGUCAUAGUGGAGAGCGUGCAGUCCUGCUAUAUUUGGAGAGCGGUUUCUAUGACCCCAGUGCACAUAUUGUAAAAGCAGAGCCUUUUGUUUCCUGUUGGUCUUUAUUUCUGUGGGCAGUAAAGGGCCCGGUUUAAUGGAAAAGCUG